AUGGAACAAGGUCACACAACCACGAUUUCAACCGAAAACGACUCCGAAACAAAUGUACCGUAUCGUGAGGCAGUGGGAUCCCUGAUGUACUUGAUGGUUGGCACUCGUCCAGACUUGGCAUAUGCGAUUGGAAAGCUUUCUCAACAUUCUGCCAACCCAUGUGAGUCACACUGGGCAGGUGUAAAACGAGUAAUGCGAUACGUGCAAGGGACUCGAAACUUAGGAAUCUCGACCAGCGGAUAUGUUUUCAAGUUCUGCGGUGGAGCGAUCAGUUGGAGUUCCCGGAAACAGACUGUGGUUGCAACUUCGACGUGUGAAGCUGAGUACAUUGCACUAUGUGAAGCGUGUAAGGAGGCGACUUGGUUGCGUCAAGUGGUUGCUGAUGUUCUUGGACUUGAUUCUGAUCCCACGAUUGUGAUGGGGUGUGACAAUGCAGGGACUAUUUCGUAUGCACAGAAUGAAUCGGUCAACCGUCGUAACAAACAUGUUGAUGUGAAAUACCACUAUGUACGAGAUGCAAUUAAGAGAAACGUCAUUUCUUUGUCACAUUGCCCGACCACUUCCAUGCCUGCAGAUAUCCUGACAAAAGCACUUGGGCGAGUUCUGUUCCAGAAGUUUGUAGAACUUCUAGGGCUUGCAGUAGCUACUUCUGGUAAAAGCAUGUGA